UGCGCUUCUCAAUGCUGCACGUACUUUAUUCCCAGGUGUCGGGAAUCCGGGUUCUCCUAGAGGACGGAGGCCGUGACUAGCGUGGGCCAGGUUUCUAGUCUCCCCUUCUGAUGAAAAGAGAACAGAAGAAUGGACUACAGUCACCAAACCUCUCUAGUCCCGUGCGGACAAGAUAAAUAUAUCUCCAAGAAUGAACUUCUCCUGCAUCUGAAGACCUACAAUUUGUACUACGAAGGCCAGAAUUUGCAGCUCCGACACCGAGAGGAGGAAGAUGAGUUCAUCGUGGAGGGGCUGCUGAACAUCUCCUGGGGGCUGCGCCGGCCCAUCCGUCUGCAGAUGCAGGAUGACAACGAGCGCAUUCGCCCUCCACCAUCCUCUUCCUCCUGGCACUCUGGCUGUAACUUGGGGGCUCAGGGCACCAUCCUGAAGCCCCUCACCAUGCCCAACAUUCAGAUCUCAGAAGUGGAUGCCCCGCCCGAGAGUGAGCAGACACCGAGCCCCACAGACUCCAGGGGCCUCAAGCCCCUGCAGGAAGACACGCCACAGCUGAUGCGCACGCGCAGUGAUGUUGGCGUGCGUCGCCGUGGCAACGUGAGGACACCCAGUGACCAGAGGCGAAUCAGACGCCACCGCUUCUCCAUCAAUGGCCAUUUCUACAACCACAAGACAUCGGUGUUCACGCCAGCCUAUGGCUCGGUCACCAACGUCCGCAUCAACAGCACCAUGACCACCCCACAGGUCCUGAAGCUGCUGCUCAACAAAUUCAAGAUCGAGAAUUCCGCAGAGGAGUUUGCUUUGUAUGUGGUCCAUACCAGCGGUGAGAAACAGAAGCUGAAGAACACCGAUUACCCUCUGGUUGCCCGAAUCCUCCAGGGACCGUGUGAGCAAGUCUCCAAAGUGUUUCUUAUGGAGAAGGACCAGGUGGAGGAAGUCACCUACGACGUGGCCCAGUACAUAAAGUUUGAGAUGCCCGUCCUAAAAAGCUUCAUCCAGAAGCUCCAAGAGGAAGAAGAUCGGGAAGUGAAGAAGCUGAUGCGCAAGUACACGGUGCUCCGGCUAAUGAUCCGGCAGAGGCUGGAGGAGAUGGCCGAGACCCCAGCAACAAUCUGAGCCACAUGAGGGAGGGGAUCCAGACACCACAGGGGCCGCCGCUGACACGAGAAGACGCACAGGAAGCUGGGCACCUUCCUUCCAUGGAAAUGUGUACAUACAGACCUCUCCAGCUCCCGCCGAGAGCCACCAUCUGUUGCCCGGAGCAGAAUGGAGAAGCCCGCAGACAACUCCCCAUCCCUGGAUCCCCAUGCUCCACUCCUUUCUUUUACUCACAAGGACUUUUGAAUUUUGUUAUGAGGACCCAAAAUGUGUGUGUGUGCACGCACAUGAGCACAUGCAUGCACAUGUAAGCAUGUGUGCUCACAUGGUACAUAUCCACGUGCCUACCUGAUAUUCACAUGGAACUGAAUUCCGAGCCACCAGCACCAGCGCCCAUGGGGCUUGCAGGUGUGCUGCUCGAGGGCAGGAACAUCAGGGGAGUUGCCAAUCUGAGGGGUUGAAGUUGAUGUCUUCCCUCAAGGGCCAGGGAGCAGCCACAUGUUUGGAAGGGAAGGGGACUCCGCAAGCUCUCCAUUUGGGGUAUUUAUAUAUUGGUGGAGAUUCUCCCUGUACAUCUAGAAGGACUGGGCAUUGGAAAUUAACAAACUAGCAGCCCCAUGCCCUUGGGGAAGGUCGGAUGGAAAGAGAAAGAUAAACCAUCUGUGGGGUAGAUGCAAUAAGCCCACAAGUUUUUACACUGGAAACUCUGUUUAAAAUAACAAAGACGUAUGUGAUGAUCUAUGUGGAUUCUGCCUCUGUCCUCACCUCCAUGGCCAUGUCUAGGAGACAGGAGAGGAGCCUGAUGUUUCACUCAGCAUGCCAACCCCAUGCCAUGGAAGCCAACCCCAACUCUUUGGUGCCUCCUUGAGUUGAAGGAAGGGUCUCAUGGGUUUAUACAUGGCUGACUGGCUAGUGUGGCCCGGGCCUGACCUUGUCCUGGGGUGGUGGCCAGAGUUUCCCUCUUUAGAGAACCGUAGAAGCUCCUUGCAGAAGUGACAGAUGCCUGGGAGGCCAGCCCAUUUCCCAUCAUCAAGGCCUCUCCUGCACUUGGUGCUGAGGCCAUGUGUUUGAGGUCAAGGCUUUCUCCUUUCCAACCACAGGAUUCUUUCAAGUUGCCCUUCCCUUAUGCAUGGAGAUGGGCUCCAAGUAUGAGGAGGACCCUUCUGCUGACUGAGUGUGGGGCUCAGGGAAGCUCUUUAGGCUUCCCUGUGAAGGUGCAUAGGGAGGGUGGAGCUUCUCUUUCAGCUUCUCUGAGCAGCCACCUGGGUGAUCUUUAGAACAGACCCCAAUGGGGGGAAAGGAUGGGACAGUCUGUCCCCUGUGGCUCCUGUCAGGAAGACCACUGGGUAGCUGGGCACCAGUGUGGCUGAUACAGUUUGAAGAAGGACAGAUGCUUGGAGCAGGGUGCCUGGCUCUGGAGAUCAACCAAGCAGGGCCUGGAGCUCCUAACAGCAGGUGUCUCAGCCUUGUUGAGGGAGGGUCUCCCCAUCUCUUCACCUCCUCUCCAAGAAAGGUUUGGGGAGCCGGGCAGUUGGUGGAAGGAGGGCCACUGGCCGGUGUCCGCAAGGAAGAUGGAUGUUUGCAGCGGAGCCAUUCCUGCCCCCUCCUGCCCCCUCCUGCCUCCUGUUCCCCUCUGUGGCUUCCGUGGCCUCUUUAGAGGGCUCACAGCUGUGGUCUUAUUGUUGACUUUCACAAAGAUGGCGUGCUGCCACCUGGCAUUUUGCCGGGGGUCUCUUAGCAAGGCGACCUCCUCUUCGGGGACAGUGCCACCAGCCCUAUGGGGCGUGGACUGGAAAUCCGGAGGCUUUAGUCUCAAUCAUACACCUCGGUGGGCCGCUGCAAAAUGCACAGAAAAGCCGGGGGCAGGGGGAGAGGCUUCCUUUGUUACAGAUGGGAAAGAGCGGGUUUGUGAAUGCAAACACACUUCCUGAGUUUUGCAUUUGAGAAGAUGACUUAAGAAACUUCUCUUCCAGUUACUUUUAUUUUGAAUGUUCAAAGCCUGUGUUGACCCCAGCAAUUCCCCUUGGUGGGCUAGGCAGAAAAAUUUCCACAGAGCAAAUUACUAACCACUAACUUUUGUUGGACAGCUAUUUCUCGUUUAUAAAAGUUCUCUUUGAUUUGCACUAGCACUACGAUAGUUUAAAUAUGGAAAUGUUGCAAAACGUUAGGUUUGCCAGCUUCCUUUCUGAGAAAGUGAUACUAAGGUAGACCUGGCUUCUUAAAGAUUGUUGGGGGGUGGGGAGGUCAGGGUAGACGUCAGGGGAAAUCGCAUCUUACAGGAUACAUUCCACUUACCACGGACCGUACUUUUCCAUUUUGGCCCACCCUGUUUAGAGAUCGUUUCUCACGUCCUAGUAGCCCGAUCAGGAAUUUUGGAAAGGUCCUUUGAAAUAGCAGUGCCUGAAACAGAGACACUUCUCCGAAGUGUGGAGCCGGAUUUUCUCACUGGUAUCACAUGGCUUUGCAGCUUUGAAUUCCUCUACUGAUUUGUGUGGGUUUAUGUAACUGCGUGCAAUGAACCUGAAAUCAUGUGAAGACCAAAAGGCCAAUUUAUAGGUUUUUUUCCUAACUUGUGAAAAGCAGGAUAGCCACAUCUGGCUUUCUUUUUCUAGGGGCUUGUGUUACAAGGUGAUCAAAUGAAGGAAAAGCCUGAGUCCAUCUGGCUGGGAAGGGGGUCCGUUCCCCCAGGUGAUGGUGGAAUUAAGCACAAGGUCACAUUUUCAGUGAUCACAUGAGUGGGCCGGUGAUGAGUUAAAUGGGGGGGGGGCGGUAUCUUGGGGAGGGACUGAGAAGCACAAACAGCAGGCUUGCCUGUGCGGGCUGGUGAGGAAUGUGUGCACUGGGCUCCAGGCUGAUGGACUUGAAUUCUAAGUGAGGUUGAGUAAGGGAGGAGCUCAGAUUAGCCAUCCACCUGCAAGAAAAACGCCGGGACCAAAAGCUGAGGUUUUGGUCUGAGACUUCAAGGAGAAAUAUUUGCACCCUUCCCUCCUCCCUACCAGAAAGAAAACAAUACUCUCUCCUGCAGACAGAUAAAGGCAUUUUAACACCAUUGUAGAUAAGACUUUGAAAUAAAAUGACACACACACAAAUCUGUUCUCUGAUGCAAAACAUCUUGGCACAAAUUCUUUUCUGCAGGGUUGGGUGGUUAUUUCGGAGUGUCAGGAGCAAAGAGGAGCGAUGGGUCCCAGUAGGGCAAGAAACUCUCUUAAGAAAAGCUCGCUCCCUCCCCCACCACCAAAAAAACCCGCCAAGCUCCAUAGCAUGGAGACUAUGGUGUCAUAGAUAUAUUGCCAAGAGAGAAAUUUUCUAUGAGUGAGGGAAUUUCAGGGUCUCGGGGCCAAACCAUGAUGUGGGGGCUGAGAUAGCAAGCAGGAGAGGUCGCCAGCAUCCUUGAGGCCGCAGCACACAUUUUUGAGUUGCUACUUAAGUUGUUUGACACAAAGUCUUGCUUGAGUCAGGUGAGAUGAGAAAUGAUCUCCGAGAGAGAGGCAGAGAUACAGAUGAACGUGGCACCCCCUUCUUUCAGGCAGAACUGAAAGCGUUUACCCUGCCACGGGAGGUUACAGUGCCCCCUGUGUUUGAACCAAGCACAAGAUGUGGACAAGCUGGGAAGGGAAAGCCUCAGUUUGCCCUUGGAGCCUUCGCUGCUUCCCAGGCUGAUGACUUCUGGUGUGUUACUGCUAGUGUUUCUUCAGGGUUUCCCCACUUGGGUUAGCUUUGUGAAGUAUUCUUUCAUUCAUCAUAACUUGCCUUCAACAAUGGUACAUGACCUGGUUCAAUGUUUGGUUCUGAACUUGUAAACGGACACAUCUAGGUAUCAUAACAUAAUUUGACAAGGCCUCAGGAGGGAGCCAUAAAUGUCUGUAACAUUUUGAUAAGUUUUAAUGCACCCAACUUAGAUCGUGUUGAAAUAAAGCACUUU